GGCAGCCGCCUGCAGGGCCCGGGUCGCGCGCUUGCUGAAGGAUCUGCAGAGCGCAGCGGAGAGUCCGAAGAAGCCCACCAGUGGUUCCAGGCCCUCAUAAGAAGAUGCCAAUGCCCAACUCAUUCUCAUACUUACUUCCAAGCUCCUGGACUGUCACCUUCUGGGAAAACAACAGAUUAUGCCUUUGAGAUGGCUGUUUCAAAUAUUAGAUAUGGAGCAGGAGUUACAAAGGAAGUGGGCAUGGACCUACAAAACAUGGGCGCUAAAAAUGUUUGCUUGAUGACUGACAAGAACCUCUCCCAGCUCCCUCCUGUUCAAGUAGUUAUGAAUUCCCUAGUCAAGAGUAGUAUAAACUUUACAGUCUAUGAUAAUGUAAGGGUGGAGCCAACUGAUACAAGCUUCAUGGAAGCUAUUGAAUUUGCCAAAAAUGGAGCUUUCGAUGCUUACGUGGCUGUGGGUGGCGGCUCCACCAUUGACACCUGUAAAGCUGCUAAUCUUUAUUCAUCGAGCCCUGACUCUGAGUUCUUAGAUUAUGUCAAUGCCCCCAUUGGGAAGGGAAAACCUGUGUCUGUGCCUCUUAAGCCUCUGAUUGCAGUCCCAACUACCUCAGGAACUGGAAGUGAAACGACAGGGGUUGCCAUUUUUGACUAUGAGCACUUGAAAGUAAAAACUGGCAUUGCUUCCCGAGCCAUCAAACCCACACUGGGAUUGAUUGAUCCUCUGCACACCCUUCACAUGCCUGACCGGGUGGUAGCUAACAGUGGCUUCGAUGUGCUUUGCCAUGCCCUGGAGUCCUACACUGCCCUCCCCUACCACCUGCGGAGUCCCUGCCCUCCCAAUCCCAUCAGCCGGCCAGCGUACCAGGGCAGCAACCCAAUCAGCGACAUCUGGGCAGUGCAUGCGCUGCGAAUCGUUGCUAAGUAUCUGAAGAGGGCUGUCAGAAAUCCUGAUGAUCUUGAAGCAAGGUCUAAUAUGCACUUGGCAAGUGCUUUUGCUGGCAUUGGCUUUGGAAAUGCUGGGGUUCAUCUGUGCCACGGAAUGUCCUACCCAAUUUCAGGUUUAGUGAAGACGUAUAAAGCAAAGGAUUACAGUGUGGAUCACCCACUGGUGCCUCACGGCCUUUCUGUGGUAAUCACCUCCCCUGCGGUAUUCACUUUUACGGCAGAGAUGUUUCCAGAGCGACACCUGGAGACAGCAAAAAUAUUGGGAGCUGACAUCCGCACUGCCAGGACCCAAGAUGCGGGGCUUGUUUUGGCAGACACACUCCGGAAAUUCUUGUUCGAUCUGAACGUUGAUGACGGCCUAGCUGCUCUGGGUUACUCCACAGCAGAUAUCCCCGCGCUAGUGAGAGGAACUCUGCCCCAGGAAAGGGUCACCAAGCUUGCACCACGUCCUCAGUCAGAGGAGGAUCUCUCUGCUCUGUUUGAAGCUUCAAUGAAACUGUAUUAAUUUUCAUUUUUACUGAAAGAACCACCACUGGCCACCUUAGUUCUAAAAGCAGAAGUUCCUCUAGCUAGAGCUUUGUCUUCUCAUCUCUACACAUAACGUGCCAGCUACCAACCCUCCUGCAAGUGAAGUCGUUGGAUUUUCACGAGAUAUAUUAAAUGCAGAAGAUUCCCUGAUGCUCAGAGUCAAGCUGCUUCCAUAAAACAGACUGGACAGAUGCCCACGAUGUCGGGCCCUUGGGCAAAAACUCAGUGUCUGUCAAAAAUGUGCACUCACAUACCCUGUGCCAAGCGAUCCCAUGACUAGAAACAUCUCCUGUAGGAAUAUGAGCCCAAGUAUGUAAAGAAAUAUGGCAAGGAUGUUUGUGGCACUACUUUUUCUAACAAUAAAAAAUUUGAAACCACCUAAACUUUCUCAAGUAUAUGUAAAUAUAUGUGUCUAUAUAUGCAUGAAAAAAAAAUCCAGAAGGAUCAAAAAAUUCAAAGUUAUCACUGGAGAAAUGGAUUUUGGGAGGUGGUGAAUUGAAAGAAAACUUCAUUUGUUAUAAAUACAUGUAUUGUUCACAUAGAUUACUUUUCUGAUUUUAAAAAAAAGAAGAAUAUCAUUUUACUGCUUUAAGGCAGAUUUGUCUAAUUUUAUAAAAAUACUAAUUACACUGAUAUUUAAAAGGUAGAAACAAAGCCAAAUGGAUUACUGUUUUGAGAUAAACACUAACAUCCAAUAUGGUAAUUCCCUUUUUGGAAAAACGUUUCUGGUGCUGAGAAUAAAUUCAAAAGCAAGCAUUUUGUUCUU